AAAACAAUUUAAAGUAUAAAAGAAAAAUUAUUGUUCAUUUUGAAAAUACAACAACAGACAAUUUUCCACAAUAACAAAUUGCUAUUAAACAUAACCAUCAAACAGAUAAUAGAAAAUUCCUAUAUGAAGUUAGGCAUCGUCAAAGUAAAAUGGGACGUCCUCGUUCGGUAAUUGCUCAAGGUUCAACAUCAGCACCAAUUCGUAGAUCACUGAGACUAUCAAGCAAAACACGUAGAGAUGGUAUUGCUAAAUGCAUGAAGGUAAAUACACAAAAUAAAGAAAAUAUUGAAAAUGCAAUACUAUUAGAAUCAAGUCCACUACGUCCUCGUUCAGUAAUUGCUCAAGGUUCAACACCAGCACCAAUUGAUAAUGUUGUUAAUGAUGAUGAGACUAAACCUUUAAAAAAUCGUACAUCACGUGAACUAUUAACAGAACAAAUGAAAUAUGAUAUUGCUAAACAAGUAGAGCUAGAGUUACAAAAUGAAAAAAAUAUUAAAAAUGAUAAAAUAAAAAAAUAUUUAAAUAAUAUAAAAAAUCCUAAGAGCAUCAUGGAGACAUUGAAUGAAAAGAGUGAGAAGAUAAACCAUGAGCAGAAUGAUCAUUAUUAUGCCGAAAAUACAAUAAUUGACUAUGUUAAUGAUGAUUGCCUGGCUGAAAUAUUCCUGUAUGUGCCAGCAUGUGAGAGACAAAAAAUUGCAAUGGUAUGCAAAAAAUGGAAAAGAGCCUUGGAUUAUUCUUGGUUUAAUGUCAAAAAACUUGAAUUUACUUUUUGGCGAUAUUAUAAGUAUAUAUUUUCUUUUAAAAAAUAUUAUCCUACGGUUGAUGUGAAAUUAAGUUUUUUAAAAUCACUGCUUGAUAAAUGCGGUCGUUAUUUGACAAUAUUAGACUUGACAGCUUAUGCUCGUUGUAACAUAGUGCCAAUUAUCAAUGAUUAUUGUCCAAACCUCGAGAAACUUCGAUUGAGAUUCAUUUUGAUUGACGAUACAAUGUUAUCCAAUGCAUUUACACGUCUAUCUAAACUAAAAUCUUUGACAAUUGUAUUUCAAAUGAUGAGAAAUAAUAUAAUACCUGAGACUUUAAUAAAUUCAUUGAAAAAUGUUGCUGGUACAUUGACUGAACUGUAUUUGUUAAAUUUUGUCAGUCACUUGAAUGAAUGCUGUGACUAUCCAAAAAAUCUUCGUUAUGUGCUUUGUCGACUAAAAGCCCUGAAACGUUUUGAAGUUGCUGGUAUACGAGGUUUCAAAAAUUCAUUCAAGUAUUUAAAAUAUAAUGAAAUGUCAUUUUAUUUUAACCAUAAUGAAUAUCUUAAAAAACCUCGUAAUCUGGGAGAUUCGUUUAUAAAUAUCAGGCAAUUGGAUUUAACAAAUUACUUAAUUAACGAUAAUACUUUGUAUACUAUUGCCAAUACCAUGGAACAAUUAAAAAGUUUAACUAUACCUUGUGAACAGAUAACCGAUGACGGUGUAGUAGCACUUUCAAUGAUGAAUUAUCUACAAGUUAUUUAUUUAAACGGUCAUAAUAACGUCAUUGAUUCUUCAAUAAAAUUGCUCAAAAAUAUAGUAAAAUUAUCUUUGCCACAUAGCAAUAAAAUUACUGAUGUUUCAGUCAUGAAACUUCUUGAAAAUUCACUAAAAAUUAAGUGCCUUCUUCUUCACUACACAAGUUUGACUGCUAAUUUUAUCAAAAAAGCAGCAGAAAUAUCAAGUCAACGAAAACAACUUUUGAAAAUCACCAUUCAUUCAUUAAUACCUGAUGUAAAACAAUAUGAAUCACCGUAUUUUGAAAUAUAUAUUAUUGAAAAUAAAAAAAAAUAAAAAAAA